AUGUACGAUCAGAACUUGUCGGAGCUUGAGCUGUUCCACGAAAUCGAUCAGAACGGCGAUGGUAUCCUCACUCGGGGUGAGAUGGCGGCAGCGUUGAGGCGCCUGGGUUGCCCGCUGUCCCCGAGCGAACUGGACGGGGUGCUGCGCUGCUUCGACGCCGACGGCUCUGGCAGCAUCGACUUCUCGGAGUUCUACUUGAUCAUCAAGGAGGAGUCCGAUCUCAUCGAGCGGAAGGAGCCGGAAGCAAAGGACCCCCGGCUCUGCGGCUUCACCGUGGGAGACCGCGUCCGCCUGAAGUGCAAGCUCCUCUCAGAACUCUCUGGGGCUUCGCUCUUGAAAGAUGACUUCAACGUCACAACGGGCAAGGUGAUGGGCCCAGGGAAGAGGCAAGGCAUCAUCACCAUAGCUCUGGAGAAGAACGGAGAAGAGAUGACUGUCAAGGCCGGGCUUCUGGCAAGGCUGACGGCCACCAAGGGGCAUCACCACGGCUGCAUGUGCCCCACCUGCUUCGUGGAAUGCUACGGCACGGAUUACUUCGGUUAUGCUCCAGAUGAUGAGGAGAACCCGUACAUGCCCAAGAACGAGGUAUCCACCGCCAGCCCCGCCUCCCCGAGCAGCGGGCUGAGUCCGCGCUCCACGCGGGACGGCAGCCCCAUGUCCAGCCCCACCGCCACGGCCCGGGGCGCUCUCGAUCGAUCGUGCCAUCAGGAUGCCUACGGGGUGAACUUUGUGGCACAGCUGGCGGGCGAGAAGCGCUGGCUGCUCUUCGAGCCGGACAGCUCCUGGCUCCAGCCGCACCGCUUGCCCUACGAGGACUCAUCCACCUUCACAGACUUUGAUCCUUUGAGCGCGCGCCAGCUGCCCGUUGACGUCGCCGGGCAGAGGCGCUGCGGGCUGCAGGCGGUACUUGGGCCUGGGGAUGUGCUGGCGGUGCCGCGGCACUGGUUCCAUGCAGUCGAAUGUGUCUCAGACUGGUCCUUGUCCCUGAACCAGUGGUUCGAUGCCGCAGGAGACGCAGAGCAGCGGGUGCCCCGCUCAAAUGAAGCCAUGGGCUCACGCCUUGUGCACGAGGCGGUGGCCCGAUGCCUGGCCUCACCGCUGCUGGAAGCCAGGCCUGAACCCUGGUGGCUGAACCCCGACGAGGAAUUGCAGGACACUGCAGGAAACUUGGAGUAUCUGACAUCUGCAUUGGAGGUCGUGGCUGGCGAGGAGGUGGACGCGUCCGCCGUGCAGGCGGCGUUGCUACGGGCGGCCACGCGCCCCGAGGUGGUCUCCAAGAUCGUGGCCUUGGUGAAAGAGGAAGUCCUGUCGAGCGCGGCAGCUGGAAAAGCUCGACGUCUCGCGAGGCCGGCCCUGGCAAACGGUCCGGCGGUGCGCUUCACGGCGGAGCCUUCGCGUCGGACCGAAGUUCGCCAGAAGACGGGGGCGUCGGUCCGCGGCGGCAGUCAGGCCUUGUGCGUGGCAGCCAUUGCCGGUGCCAGGCGUGUGGCGCGGACUUUGCGGCGCCCACAUGGCAGGCUGCGCCCGCUCUGUGCUCUGGAGCCGGCCGCUGCUCAAGCCACCGAGGUGUUGGUAGACUUCCAAGCCUUUGUGGAGUGGCUGGUCAACCUGGAGCGCAUGAGAGGCAAAAGUGCGCCUCGCACCUAUCGCAGCCUGGACCGCCGCGUAAAGAGCCUCACUCGCAGGCUGAAAGUGCGGGGUAUCCACCUCUGCUUCGUGGCCAAAGAUGCCGCCGACUGCUGCAGCGCGCCAGAGGAUGCGCACCUCUGGCUGGCGGAGGACCAGAUUCGAGCCUCGCUGAAAGGGAGCUGCUGGAAGAAAUGUGGCGAGCUGAGGCGGGCGAGUGUCAGAUUCCGGGAACUGGCUGCCUGCCUCGAGGCUUGCCGAGCUCGCCGAAGCGAAGACGCGGCCGGGCCCCGGCGAGGUGCAAAGUUGCCUGCAGCCCAUGGCUUCUGCGAGUUCACUGGAAGGCAAUGUGCCUGGGUGGCUACAGCGAGCGCAAGGAGGGCCUGCGGAUGCCAUGGAUGCGCGACUGCAAGAGCUGGCAGCUUUCUUGAUGCUGCACCCGCUCGACUUGGAGCAUUUGCCGAUUGA